GUGCCAUUAAACGCAACGGCGGAUACUAUUGGAUAGACAGGCGGACAAACGCAAACCCAAACAAACAAAGUACAGCACAGCAGCGUUUCGAAGUGCUAAACAAAUUGGAAGAACUUCACGAGGAAAUGUCCCCCGCUCCGUCUCCUCGCCUCUUUGCACUCUGCCGACGUGGAGGUUCGGUCGGACUGUGGACCAGAACACUUGUCCAGGCAAGGGCCGAAGCGGCCAAACUGAAGACCAUCGAUGACUUGCCCGGACCCACUUUGUCCACAACUCUUUUCUGGUUAUUUGUCAAAGGAUAUGCGGAUAAGAGCCACUUGCUGCAGUGUGUACAGAAGAGUCUGUACGGGCCCAUCUGGCGCUCCAAAUUCGGCCCAUUGGACCUGGUCAAUGUGGCCAGUCCCGACCUCAUUGCGCAGGUGAUCCAUCAGGAAGGACGCUACCCUGUGCGAGCAGAGUUGCCCCACUGGAAGGAAUACAGGGACCUGAGGGGACAAGCCUACGGCCUGCAUGUAGACAAAGGGCAGGAGUGGUACAGGAUCCGCAGUGCACUGAACCCAAAGAUGCUGAAGCUGCAGGAAGUGUCAGCAUAUGCUCCCAUCAUCCACCAGGUGGUUGAAGAUCUCCUGCAACGCAUCGAGUUCCUCCGCAGUUGCAGUCCGGACCGAGCUUCAGUUUUAGAUGUGACUGCUGAACUCUACAAGUUUGGCUUUGAAGGUAUCUCUUCAAUUCUGUUUGAGACCAGGCUGGGCUGCCUCCAGGAAAAUAUUCCUCAAGACACAGCGCGCUUCAUCGCUGCUGUCAACGACAUGCUGACACUGUCUGAGAUUGUUGUUAUCUGUCCACGCUGGACCUACCGCAUCCUGCCUUUCUGGAAGCGCUUUGUACAGGCCUGGGACGACCUCUAUGACACAGCGCAGAGGCUCAUCGACAUCAGACUGGCUGACAUACAAACACAGACGGCGCGAGGUGAGCUGACGGAAGGCUUGUACCUGACCUACCUGCUGUCUUGCAAGAAGAUUACCCAAUCUGAGAUCUACAUCAGUGUGACAGAGCUGCUGCUGGGUGGAGUCGACACGACCUCCAACACACUGUCCUGGGCCUUGUACCACUUGGCGAGGGACCCGCGGGCUCAGGAUCGACUAUAUAAUGAGGUGAAUGCCGUGUGUGCCAACAGACGUAAGCCCGGCAUGGACGACCUUAAAGGGAUGCCCUACUUGAAGGCUGUCAUCAAGGAGACAUUACGCUUGUAUCCUGUUGUUCCUGGCAACGGACGCUUCAUUGCAGAAAAUGAGGUGAUUUUGGACAACUACUGGUUCCCAAAGAAGACUCAGUUCCAUCUGUGCCACUACGCCGUCAGCCGCGACCAGACACAAUUCCCCUUUGCCGACGCAUUCAUGCCGGAGCGAUGGCUUCGCACUGAAAGGGUGACACCAGGUUUCUUCCAGCACCACCCAUACAGCUUCAUCCCCUUUGGCGUGGGUGUGCGAGGCUGUGUGGGGAAGAGAGUGGCCGAGAUGGAGAUGUAUUUUGCUCUGUGCAGGCUGAUGCAGCACUAUGAGGUCCGGCCAGGAGACAACCGUGCCCCCAUCCAGGCCAAAACGCGGACGCUGCUCAUCCCUGCAAAGCCCAUCAACCUUCUUUUCCUGCACAGAGCCUAAGGCAACGAAACCGAAAAGUCUACACAUGGCGCAAAGAGAAAAAAAAUGACAAAUGACGCUUAAGACAAUGACAACAACAAAAUUGUUUUAUUUUAUUUUUUUCCAAAUAGUUUUUCUUAACACAUUCAGUUUCUUCAAGUAUAUUUGACACAUAAUCAAUUGUACAUUUAUAGCCACGAGUGAAAUGCUCAAGUACUUUUUCCAUUGUAUAUACAGGGAUAAGGUGACAACCGGCCCAAUCAUUUGUGGGGCUACUGGAUAUCAUAGCCCCGACUCUAAACUUGUUUAAUCCUUAACUCCUGACAGAAAAUAAAGGGAUGGAUCUAGCUUUA